UCUAAUGAAAAUAUAAACUGAAACUCGGAAGACGCUGCCGACCACCGUUGAUAAAUAACAAUCGGUGUUUUAUCAUGUUAUAUUAACUAGGAUUAUAUUUAAUUUACUUUAUUAAUGUGUGAUUAAGUGUUUUUGAAACAUGACUGCCAAUAACGAAUAUCCGAAAGCCUCUAAUGCUACGUUGAUAGGAGCAUCUAUUACCUAUGUGGCGGGAUUGUUUUUGCUCCUAUCAUUUGCUGGGCCGUACUGGAUAGAGUCCUACCCAGAAAUGUUUUCAUCUUUUAAACACAUGGGCUUGUGGGAAUACUGUUUUGAUCGUUUUCGCUUCCCGUCUUACCAAUUCGACAAAUUAUUCCAUGGAUGUCACUAUAUUUUCAGUGAAGAGUACUAUGUCAUUCGUGAAUGGCUGUUACCUGGCUGGUUGAUGGCAGUCCAGGCAUUUGUGACCCUGGCAUUCAUUCUGUCAUUCUCCGCUCAAGUUUUGUUAGCUUGUGUGAUUAUAAGAAUGCCACUGAGGGGUGUACUGAGAUACGAAUGGAUUUAUGUCUCAUCUGCUUUUGUUAUGAUUGCUACAUCAAGUGUCUUUCUGUUCUUAGCUGUGGUAAUAUUUGGGGCAAACUGUUAUCGCCGUGAUUGGCUUCUGUACCCAGCUUUCAAUGUCUUAUCAUGGUCAUAUGCAUUUGCUGUUAUUGCAUUCAUUUUAUUUGGUGUUGCAGCAGUGUUGUUGUUCUUAGAGUCUCGAAAAUUGUAUGAAUUACGGUUGGAAGCUAAGAAUUUAGUUGCGCAAAUGCAGCACAGCCAACCUGAACAUGCAUUGCAUCAAUUGAGGGGUCAGUUACAGCAGCAGCAAAUUGGUUGGAGAAGUUAGAUAAAUAUAUGCAUUUGAUUCUCGAGGGCAUGAAGUAAAUAAUUGUUUGUGGCACAACAGUUACAUAGAGAAGCAUUGCAUUUUAUACAUUCUUAUAAUUACACUCAUAUGCUUGCAUUUGAAAGCAUAAGACUGCUUUGCAAGUGACUAUGAUGCAAUCUUUUCAAUAUAAUAGCACAACAUUGUCAUAAUUGAUUAAGUAAACUUUAAUAAAAAUAAGAUGUUUCAAAAUGUACUUAUAUAUCAAAAAAAAAAAUUCGUCCAUGACCCAUUCCAUAUAUCUGCUAAAAAAUCAAUUUGUAUUCAUUCAUUGUUUUAAUGAUUUGACUUUGAAUGAAAAGACAAUGUUUCCAGUAAUGGCAUUUAAUCUUUUCUUUAUUUUCAUAUACAAGUAUAUUAUGUUUAGUUUUAGCAACUGUAACAGUUGUCAGUUAGAAAUUAGUGCAAGAGUUUUGCACCAAUAGUAAUUAGGUACUUAAAAUUAAGUUUCCCACUAAGAAAUAGACUAGGAUAAAAUCUAGACUAAAUC